AUGGAGACGACCCACCUCUCAGAUAACAUCGACGAGACCGAAGAACUAAAGGUCACAUUCUAUCCAGAGCUAUUCCUACAGCGCCGCAUCUGGAUCCUCAACUUCUUACGCAAAGAGAACGUUACUCGUGUCCUCGAUGUAGGAUGUGGCGAAGGGCAGUUGCUAACGCCACUCUGCCAACCAGCGCCCUGGCUGACGCCGCCACCGCCGUCUAUUCUGCCACCCCCCGAGACGCCUUCAUCACCUGACGACCUGGUCCCGUCCACACCAACGUACAACGACGAUGAGAUCCCAAACUUGCACUUGACGGAAGUACAUGGACUUGACAUCUCCUCUGAAGAUCUUGCCUUCGCGAUGGAGGCCUGUGCACCACCCAAACACGUCCCAGACGAGGGUAAUAGUAGCCCUGGGUUCCGAUCGUACACGGCGGGUGUCCAGAGGUGGGAAGAGCUCAUAUGCAAGGUGUGGAAGGGAGGCUUGGAAGUGAUCAACGAAGAAUUCGUGGAUAUGGAGUGCAUAGUGGCAAUGGAAGUCAUCGAGCAUCUGCCAGACGGCAUAUUCCAGGCAUUUGCCCCUGUGCUCCUCGGAGUGUACCACCCGGAAUUCCUGCUCGUCACAACACCUUCUUACACUUUCAACGAACGCUUCCUGCCUCCCAACGCCCCAAGAAUCGCAAGGAGCGGCUACCUAGACCCGACCCGACGUACCGACCGCAUCUUCCGCCACAGCGAUCACAAGUUCGAAUGGACGCGUGACGAGUUCAAGGCCUGGUGCGAGGAGACCGCGAAAGAGUGGGGGUAUGUAGUCCGACAAACAAGCAUUGGACUGCCACUGCAGAAAGAUCCGUUUGGGCGGGACGAGCAGCUCGAGGGUGCGACGCAGGUGGCUGAAUUCCGGAGGCUGGAGAGCAUGGACAAUAAGACGAGAGAGGGUAAGGGGCGUGUGAGGGUAAAGGAGCUCGGAAUCACUGGACAACCUCAUGAAGCUCUUGCAGUUUACAAACACACCGCCAACGCCGUCGCCAUGAAACCUAAGCCAUUCGAGGAUGUUGCGGAACGUGUGAUACUGAAGAUGGAAGAGUUCCGCGAGGCGUUCAUGCGGAUGGAGGAGCUGUGGUUUGAGGCGGACAUUGCGACACUUUGCGGAGGCUGGAUCGAAGUUCUUGUCAGGGCGAUUGAGGAAUGCCCCAAGCUGCAGUUGAAGAGGGAUGUCGAUGGUAUUCGGAAAGGGAGAAGUACGUGGAGUGUCGAGCUCAUUGGAGGGGUUGCCAAUCCUGCUCAGUACUGGCCUGCUGGAGGCGAGACAAAUGCGGAUUGCAUUCCAGCAGACUGGAGCCCUGUGGAAGAUCCCGAAGAGAUUUGGGAAGAGAGCGAUUUUGGCAGUUCUGCCGGCGUUGACGGCGAUAUUUCUGCGAACUCGUCUGAAGACGACGGCAUCUACGACUCAGAAAACGACCAUGUGGGCUGGAGGGGGAAAUCUGGAUGGAAAGGAGCAGUCAGCAAGUCACCCAAGUCACCCAAGUCGCCGAAGAAAGCAAAUCACGGCUGGAGCGUCUCAGCGGAUUGGGGGGCGGUAGAGGCAAAUUGGGGUGACGUUCAGCAUAGUGCCAUGAGCUCGACGGCAGGGUGGGAUGGAGACGAGAGCGACGACGAUACUACUUCUUGA